CUGCACUUUGAGGCAGGACCAGCGGAGCCAUUUUAUUAUCAUACCAGCAAAAGUGCAGGUGCAUCAAAAUAUAUAUUUUUUUAUAUUUACACUUUUCAUGUUCGGAGUUACCAUGGGACAGUGCGGGAUUACGUCAUCCAAAACCGUGUUGGUUUUUCUCAAUCUCAUAUUUUGGGCCGCUGCGGGGAUUUUAUGCUACAUCGGAGCCUACGUGUUCAUCACAUAUGACGACUACGACCACUUCUUUGAGGACGUGUACACUUUGAUUCCUGCUGUCAUAAUAAUCGCUGUCGGGACUCUUCUCUUCAUCAUCGGCCUGAUUGGCUGCUGUGCAACAAUACGUGAAAGCUCCUGCGGCCUGGCAACGUUUGCUGCCAUUCUCCUGCUGGUAUUUGUCACGGAGUGCGUGGUGGUGGUGCUCGGCUACACAUACAGGGCAAAGGUAGAAAAUGAGGUGAAUCACUCCAUACAGAAGGUUUACAACCAGUACAACGGCACCAACACCGAUGCCCCGAGCCGCGCUAUUGACUAUGUGCAGAGGCAGCUUCACUGCUGCGGCAUUCACAACUACUCUGACUGGAGGAACACGCGCUGGUUUAAAGAAUCCAAGAAUAACAGUGUCCCGGUCAGUUGCUGUCAGCCCAGCAUCAGUAACUGCACCGGCACUCUCACUCGACCUGCGGAUCUCUACCAAGAGGGUUGUGAGGCUCUUGUUGUGAAAAAGUUAAAGGAGAUCAUGAUGUAUGUCAUAUGGGCUGCACUCACUUUCGCGUCUAUACAGAUGCUGGGGAUGCUCUGCGCCUGCGUGGUGCUGUGCAGGAGGAGCCACGACCCCGCGUACGAGCUGCUGGUCACGACCAACAGCUACGCGUGAGCGAGGCAUCAAACCAACAAGGCGCUCAAUAAAUCGAAAGGAGCAUCACUAGGCGUGUCCACAGUAGAGUUCGGCUGUAGUUACAUAAGCUCAAGCACACCUUGCACAAUUCACGAUGAAGUAGCGAACACCGGUGAUGCGGUUUGCUUCAAGGGGAAACUAGUUAUUUAUUGACCUGCUUUGUAAGUUACUGUUACUUAAAUGUUUGUUUUUUUUCUUCACUUUUUAAAUAAUUAAAUAGUUACAGUGGCCAGAGUUGUAUAUGGCUGACAUUAUUGAUGUUGCAUUUUUUUUCUUUAAAUGUGGCUUGAUGAAACUCCCCAGGAAGGAGUUUGAGAAGUCAUAUGGAGCGUAAUAAGAAUGUAUUUCCUUGUGUGCUCGUUUGCACCACGUCAACAGCGCGUGGACGUUUCUCCUGGCUGUUAAGUGAAACUUGGUUAAUAAGAAAAUGGGAAAAACAAGAUUUUACCACAGACAAAACAGAUUUAAUGGUUUUGGAACGGCUUUGUUUUAUCUCUCAAAGCCAUGUUUGAAAGAAAAACUCCUUCAUAAUCACAAAUAUUCAGGUUGUGAAUAAUGUUCUGUUGUGGUGUAGAUCUUUUCUGAGUUAAUUGUGAAUGAACCAUUUAGUCUCCAGUGCUAUUAUUAUUAUUAUUAGCAGAGUGUUAUCAGUGGUACCUAAAGACCUGUAUAUGUAGAUUCAGUUUGUUACAAUCCCUUUGUUUAUAUUGUUGGUUAUAUCCCUGCUAUCCGAAUUAUGACACAUUAUUUUGUACGUAUUUGUGAAAGUGUGCACCGUUUUAAUAUUUUUGAUCUUUUAAGUUGACCCCUAGACAUUUAGCUGGUGCCGCAGUAAAAAAUCAUGACAAACACAAUUAGCUAUACACUGUACAACAGUCAAGAUACAAAUAAAGUCGUACAUUUCAA